CUUGGCCUGCUCACUGUCCUGCAGAGCUGAGGAGACAGCAAACUGUGGGGAGGGACAUUUCUGCACACCUCUUGAGUUUCUUCAAAGAGCUGCAGAGAGACACAGGGGAGGAGGGAGAUCACAGAGAAGAGAGGGGGAGCAGAGAGGAGAAAACCAUCCCAUAUCCUCCGCUUGUGAGCAAGGCACUGCUGCUGCUGCUGCUGCUGCUGCUGCUGCACACUUGGAUCCUCUUCUUCUCUCACAUGUAACUGGAUAAAAUGCUCAAGUUCUUCUCUGCGAGGGAUGAUGAGAAUGAAAGCCUGCUGGGAGCAAUAACUGAGGAUGAAGGAGACAAUCCAUCUCUUCAGGACACCAAGCACCACUGGCUGAAUAGACCCUGCCUGCUGGUGCUCAAAGAUGGGGACGUGUCCAAACCAGGAUGCGGCCAAAUAAGACCAGAAUCUCUGUCUAAGACCUCGUCAGAUGUGUCAGUCAGGAACAGCUUUGGGCCAUGUGAGCAGAAACCGUCUGAACAUCCUGCCAAAACUGCUUCACCCUCCCAGCUGGAGGAGGGCAGCUGCACUGUGACCGCCAUCUCCACAUGGGGCGAGGGUUGUUUCGGGGAGUCUUCCAGCCCCCUGGUGCUGAGCCCUGCCGAGGCUGCAUGGCCCGAAGAAGAGGAGGAGGAGGAGGAGAUGGCAGAGGAGAAGGAGAAGGAGAAGGAGAAGAAGCCCCAGGCUCUCCCAUCAAAGGAGGACUCUGUGGUUGAGGAGAAGGAGCUGGAGGAGAGCAGGCUGGAGCAGCAAGAGCAGUCCUGCAGCUCAGAGGCGACAGCAGCACCCUCUACUACUCUCUCACAUGAUGAGACGCAUCAUGGCAAGGGCUCCAAGGAGCUCCAGAGCCAGCUUAAGAUGCUCCGAGAUGAGACCAACAGCAGCAAAGCCCAUGAAGCCAGCGGGGAAGGAGCGAUGGGGGACUGUGCAGCUUCUUCCCCUCUGGAUCCUGACAACGAGUCCCAGCUGAGCCCGGUUGGUAUUCUGUCCAAGGAUCGAGGCACUGUCCUCGGGGAGGUUGCUCCCUUGUGGAUCCCUGAUGCUCAGGCACAGGUCUGCAUGAAGUGUGGGGUCAAGUUUACGUUUACUAAGAGGAGGCAUCACUGCCGGGCUUGUGGGAAGGUUUUUUGUGCACUUUGCUCCAAUCUGAAGUUGAGACUCACACAUCUGGAUGGCAAAGAGGGACGAGUUUGUAUUUCCUGUCAUUCAACCCUCCUCAAAAGGACACCUCCGAGGGGGAGAAGGAGGGUGUGGUUUGCAGAUGACAUCCUCCCCAGUAAGCAGUCGGAGUCGGCUCCAACCACACCGACCAGAGGGUUCUCACCGCUGAUGAGACGAGCGCUGGGCGGGCCAGGUAGAAGUCCUGUGGGUUCACCACAGAUCAGGAGAGCCUUGAGGCCACAUGGGACGAAUAUCAAUGAGGCCUGUGGUCCGUACGGCUGGGGCACCACGACUUUAGUGAGCAGCUCUGCCAACCUCAUCCCCCUGGACGGCCUGCCGCCCAUCCUCACCUCCACAGGAGUCAAAGGAGAUUACACCGUGGAGGAGCAGCCUUCUGAGAUGCUGCUCAUCCAGGAGUUGGAGAGCGGCAGACCAAAGCCCCUGGUGUUUGUCCUCAACGCUAACCUGCUGGCUAUGGUCAAGAUGGUCAACUAUGUUAACAGGAAGUGCUGGUGCGUGACGACGAAGGGGAUGCAUGCAGUGGGCCAGGUGGAGGUGGUGCUGCUGCUGCAGUGCAUGCCUGAAGAGAAAAGCUUCCCAAAAGACAUCUUCAGCCACAUUAUCCAGCUGUACAGGGACACCCUCACAGGAAAGGUUGUGAAACACCUGUCGCUGUCCCUGUUCGGCAGUAGCUUCCUGGGCAGUGAGGAGCACGCGGGCUUCCUGUACAUCCGCUCCACUCUCCAGUCCCUCCAAGGUCUACCUCUGCCCAGCCAGCCCUACCUCUUUGGCCUGCUGGUCCACAGAGCAGAGGUGACCUGGGCCAAAGCCUUUCCCCUGCGUCUCAUGCUGCGAUUGGGGGCUGAAUACAGAUUUUACCCGUGUCCUCUGUACAGCGUGCGCUUUAGGAAGCCCUUGUUUGGGGAGAUUGGCCACACCAUAAUGAGACUUUUAGUGGACUUUAGGAACUACCGUUACAGCCUACCGAUGGUGCCAGGGCUCACUGUGGAUCUAGAGGCUCAGAGGACCUGCAUAAAGAUACCAACCACUGGCUAUAAUGAGCUUAUGAAGGCUUUGAAUAAGUCCAAUGAGCAUGUGCUGGCCAUCGGGGCGGGCUUCAACGAGACGGCAGACUCCCACCUCAUCUGUGUGCAAGGAGACGACGGCCAGUACCAGACCCAGGCCAUCAGCAUCCACAAUCAGCCACGCAAAGUUACUGGAUCAUGCUUUUUUAUAUUCAGUAGUGCUCUGAAAGCGUCUGCAGGAUACCUCGCCAAGUCCAGCAUCGUAGAAGAUGGGCUGAUGGUGCAGAUCACCGUGGAAACCAUGGCAGAGCUCCGCCGGGCACUGCGGGACAUGAAAGAUUACACUGUCACCUGUGGACGGCUCGACCAAUCAGAUGGCCAGGAGCUGGUGUGUGUACAGUGGGUGGAGGAGAAAUGCACUGUGAAUAAGGGUGUUAUCAGCCCCAUCGAUGGGAAAUCCAUGGAGUCUGUCAGCAGUACGAAGAUGUUUCAGAAGUCAGAAUACAAAGAAAACGGGAAGAUCAUCCGCUGGACAGAAGUGUUCUUCCUGCAGCGGGGAGAUCAUCCCAAAGGAGGAGCGAGUGACUCUGCUGAACACGACCGGUUGACGGAGCGGAUCGCCCGGGCGUUUUGCUUGGCGCUGUGUCCACACCUCAAACUGUUGAAGGAGGACGGGAUGGCCAAACUGGGGCUGCGAGUCGCUUUUGACUCUCAAGAGGUGGGAUUUGUGGCUGGGAGCAACGGGCAGCCCCUCCCAGCUCAGUACCUCAACGCCCUGGACAGCGUGCUGAUCCCCGUCAUCCACAGCAGGGGGCGCAAGAGGGACGACGAGCCCAUCGUGAUGGAGCUCAUCUUCUACAUCCUGGAGAACAUCACUUAGAGCGCACACACACACACACGCUCACAUCUUUUUAACCCUGACCACAACUCUGUCUCCGGCAACGUCUCAUCAGUGCUGCCAACGGUUUCAGGGGCAAAAGAAGCAUCCAAAGGGCGAACCGGACCACAUCCGAGGUCUGCAUCCAUCUCAUCCACUCACGAGUAGAGAGAGACGUGGUCUGACUCUUAGUGGUUCUCUGAUCUCACCCUGCCCUGCAGCAGACAAUCUGGGUACGCAUGAAGCCUAGGACGGACCAUCAGAUCACUGUACACACCGUACAGCAGUAGCAACCUCAUAGCUUGAUAUCAUUCACGUCACACAAUGUUCAAUACGGAGAAUACCUUUAAAAAGUGGGAGCUGGGUUCAGCCCCCAUGACCUUAAAGCAAAGAGGAAAAAGAGAAUGACUUGAAGAAAGUAGAUCUGUAGCUAUUUGUUGCACACUGAAUGAAUGAAUGCCUGAAGAAUGUUUUCAUACUGGAUGUAUUUUAACUGAUUGCUCAUGAAAUGUAAUGUCGGCUUGGAAUUAAACUUGCAACGAUGACUGA